AUGCGCUUCACUACCACUCUUGUAGGCUUGUUUGCCCUCGGAAGUGCCACCGCCGCCCACUUGCGCCUCCCUGAAGGUUUGCCCGAUGGCCAUUACUCGGGCGACGGCACGAUUGACCCCAAGACUGGCUUUGCAAGGUACAAAUAUCUCGGGCCCAUUGACGAGUAUGCCCUGAGAAACAGGACCCUGGAGAGUCGGAAUGAGGAGAGGAUCGGUAGCCGUGAUUCUUGGAAUGGGAUCAAGUGCAACGGACGCGGCGCUGGUGAUAGCGUGUCGAUUGCACAGCAGGCGUUUGCGGCGCAUUUUGACGGUUACACAUUCAGUAACAAAUGGGUCAAGACCUUUAAGGGUUCCACGCAAGCAUUCGCAUGCAACUAUGGGGGAGUCCAGACCGUGCAUAGGAGCGACUUCGAGGACAGAAUGGGAGGCGUAGAUUCUAUUUGCGGUUCCGGACAGGCCGGUUGGUAUGAGGACCAUGAGUGGAAGUUGAAUUAUGGAAGAGACUUUAUCAACAGCCAAGUCUGUUAG